UUCUGAACAUCACUACUUUGCUAACUCCAACAAACAGUUUGAGAGCACAAAACCAUGGAGACCCUUUACCUUGCCUUGUCUUUGGGUGCUGCUUUUUUAGCGUUUAUCAUCUUUGCAUUCAAAGGCAAAUCAGAUGAUGGCAAGAGCCUUCCACCAGGGAGCAUGGGGUGGCCUAUUGUGGGUGAAACUCUGGAGUUUCUGUUUGGGAAGCCAGAAAUCUUUGUGUCCAAGAGGAUGAAGAGGUACUCCCCUGAAAUCUUCAAGACCAAGAUUCUUGGAGAGAAAACUGCUGUUAUUUGUGGCCCUAAUGGACACAAAUUUCUGUUUUCCAAUGAGCAGAAGUACUUCACAGCUUUUCGACCACAUUCCAUGCAAAAGAUGUUUCGUUCGUACAAGGCUCCUGCAGCAGCAGCUGCUGCUGCUGCUCCUCCAGCAGUAGCACAACCUGCUCGUGACGAAGAAGCCAAAGUGUUGAGGUCACCGGGGUUUUUGAAGCCCGAAGCAUUGGUAAGGUACUUGGGGGUAAUGGACUCUAUCACCCAAGUACAGAUGAAGGCCUACUGGGAAGGCAAAGAUGAGGUAGAGGUGUACCCUCUGACCAAGACCCUCACUCUAGGCCUUGCCUGCAAAUUCUUCUUGGGCAUAGAUGAGCCAGACAGAAUUGCAAGGUUUGUGAGCAAUUUCGAUGAUGUGACUGUUGGGAUGCAUUCACUUAUUCUGAAUUUCCCAGGAACAACAUUCUACAAAGCAACCAAAGCAGCCGAUGAACUUCGAAGGGAGUUGAAGAUUGUGAUUCAGGAGAAGAAGGCUGCAAUGGCAUCAGGAGCUCCCAUGCAUGACAUAUUGUCACAUAUGAUUGUGGCAAGUGACCCAACUGGCAAACACAUGCCAGAGGCUGAGGUUGCUGAUAAGAUCAUGGGUUUGCUGACAGCAGGAUACAGCACUGUGGCUACUGCCAUGACUUUCUUCAUGAAAUAUGUUGGAGAGAGGCCAGACAUUUAUGCCAAAGUCCUAGCUGAACACAAGGAGAUUGCAGACUCAAAGAAGCCUGGACAAUUUUUGGAGUGGGAUGACAUCAACAAGAUGAAGUACUCAUGGAAUGUAUUGUAUGAAGUGAUGAGAUUCACACCACCACUUCAGGGGACAUUCAGAGAAGCCUUGACUGAUUUCACCUACGCUGGUUACACCAUCCCAAAGGGCUGGAAGGUGUAUUGGACUGUAAGUACAACAAACAUGAACCCAAAGUACUUUCCCAACCCAGAAAAGUUUGACCCCUCAAGAUAUGAUGACUUGAAUGCAUUCCCAGCUUUCACAUUUGUUCCAUUUGGAGGAGGACCAAGAAUGUGUCCUGGCAAAGAGUAUGCAAGGCUUGCAAUUCUCACUUUUGUUCACAAUGUGGUGAUGAGGUUCAAAUGGGAAGUAUUGUUCCCUAAGGAGAAGAUCACUGGCGACAUGAUGCCUACCCCAGAGAAAGGACUUCCGGUUCGCCUUAUACCAACAACAACCAUGGAAACCCUUUACCUUAUCCUAUCUUUAGGUGCUGCUUUUUUAGCUCUAACCAUCUUUGCAUUCAAAGGGAAAUCAGAUGAUGGCAAAAACCUUCCACCAGGGAGCAUGGGGUGGCCUAUUGUGGGUGAAACUCUGGAGUUUCUGUUUGGGAAGCCAGAAAUCUUUGUGUCCAAGAGGAUGAGGAGGUACUCCCCUGAAAUCUUCAAGACCAAGAUUCUUGGAGAGAAAACUGCUGUUAUUUGUGGUCCUAAUGGACACAAAUUUCUGUUUUCCAAUGAGCAGAAGUACUUCACAGCUUUUCGACCACAUUCGAUGCAAAAGAUGUUUCGUUCGUAUAAGGCUCCUGCAGCAGCUGCUGCUGCUGCUGCUCCUCCAGCUGUAACCCAACCUGCUCGUGACGAAGAAGCCAAAGUGCUGAGGUCACCGGGGUUUUUGAAGCCCGAAGCAUUGGUAAGGUACUUGGGUGUAAUGGACUCUAUCACCCAAGUACAGAUGAAGGCCUAUUGGGAAGGCAAAGAUGAGGUAGAGGUGUACCCUCUGACCAAGACCCUCACUCUAGGCCUUGCCUGCAAAUUCUUCUUGGGCAUAGAUGAGCCAGACAGAAUUGCAAGGUUUGUGAGCAAUUUCGAUGAUGUGACUGUUGGGAUGCAUUCACUUAUUCUGAAUUUCCCAGGAACAACAUUCUACAAAGCAACCAAAGCAGCCGAUGCACUUAGAAGGGAGUUGAAGACUGUGAUUCCGGAGAAGAAGGCUGCAAUGGCAUCAGGAGCUUCCAUGCAUAACGUAUUAUCACAUAUGCUUGAGGCUACUGACCAAACUGGCAAACACAUGCCUGAGGCUGAGAUUGCUGACAAGAUCAUGGGUUUGCUCACAGCAGGAUACAGCACUGUGGCUACUGCCAUGACUUUCUUCAUGAAACAUGUUGGAGAGAGGCCCGACAUUUAUGCCAAAGUCCUAGCUGAGCAUAAAGAGAUUACAUACUCAAAGAAGCCUGGGGAAUUUUUGGAGUGGGAAGACAUCAACAAGAUGAAAUACUCAUGGAAUGUAAUGUAUGAGGUGAUGAGAUUCACACCACCACUUCAGGGGACAUUCAGAGAGGCCUUGACUGAUUUUACCUAUGCUGGUUACACCAUCCCAAAGGGCUGGAAGGUAUAUUGGACUGUUAGUACAACAAACAUGAACCCAGAGUACUUUCCCAACCCAGAAAAGUUUGACCCCUCAAGAUAUGAAGACUUGAAUGCAUUCCCAGCUUUCACAUUUGUUCCAUUUGGAGGAGGACCAAGAAUGUGCCCUGGCAAAGAGUAUGCAAGGCUAGCCAUACUCACUUUUGUUCACAAUGUGGUGAUGAGGUUCAAAUGGGAAGUGCUAUUUCCUAACGAAAAGAUCACAGGUGACAUGAUGCCGACACCGGAGAAAGGACUUCCGGUUCGUCUUCAUCGUCACUAGGCAUCAGAUUAUUUUGAAAUAUUCUUCCUUUUUUUUUGGUUGGUUGUAAUAUCAUGUGAUAUUGGUAUCCCCUUUUCUAUUUGUAUAUUUCAUGUUGAACUAGAAGAGAUAAUAAAUAUACAUUUGAGCCUCA